CAUUGAUCGACCAAUCACAGCUAGCGAUUGUUUUAAUGUCGAUUAUCACAUUAGCUAAGUGUGAAAAUCAACGCCAAGAACACAGCAGGGUGUGGAUAGACCUCGUGUCCUACUCUUACUAAAAUGUUUGAAGUAAUCUGUAUAUGGGACUCGACACCGAAAUUUCCCACGGAGCAGACUGCAUGGUGCAGAAAAUUAUGUGUACACCCAAGUUGGUGAUGUACCCUAACAAGAAAUGAAUGGCGAUUAAGAUGUCUCUUAUGGGAACUUACCCAGUAUUGAGCAGUUGAAGCUGUCAAGAGUUAUACCAGAUUGACAAGUGUUCGUCGUGAAGAGCAUGCUUAAUUGCUGUGUUCGUGUAAACGGAAAGGGCCAUUAAAGGUUAAUAUAAAGGACGCGGGUUUAAGAUAGAUUAGUUUCUUGACUGACGUAAGAUGAUUGUCACUCAGCCUAACCUCAAUCAAUUUUCUUACUAUAUAUAAAGAGCCCUUUCAAAAGUCCUUUCAUUUGGAUAUAAUUUGGACACAGCAUACCGAUAUGUGGAGGCUUCAGACAAUACUUGUUGGAUUUGCGCUCAUUUGUGGAUAUACAAAUGGUCAGGCAUUAGGCCAAAUCCGGGGAACACUAUUGGGAAAAACAGCAGGCAGUGGCACUGUAUCAAGACAACUUAUUGGCAAAUUAUGGGAUCCAUCUGCAGCCGUACAAUCAACAGGAACUGUGACUACUACCUCAACCAAACAAGCUGGAACAACCCAAUUAUUGGAUAAAAAUGCCGUCUCUGUAUUGUUGCAUGCUUUAGGGUAUGGUAGAAAUGGUACUACAACAGGCGUACUAAGCUCACCACUACCAAAUUCCAACAACAGAGCUAAAAUUGAAACUAGACUUCGAAACUUUUUAAUGGGCAACGCGAUUCCAGAAAGUAGACCAAAUAUAACGUUAGCAGCUACAUCAAACCCGAUACGAAAAGAUUUAAAAUUUUUCCAGGCACCAAAAGAUACCAAUGGAAUAUUAGCUCACAUUUCACCGUCAAAUCCCAUGUCCCUACCUCCAGGUGCUGUUGGGUCGAAUACUAGAAAUACAAAUACGUUUAAUCCUAUGCUCGGAUCACAAAGUGCUAUUGGACAGAAUACUGGAAAUACAAACACGGUUAAUCCUAUGCCCGGAUCAGCGGGAUUACUACUUGGUCUCGAUUCAGGGAUGCCGCAAUUUAGCACAAUGAUGUAUGAUAUGAAAGCUAGUAGAAUGCUCAGUAUUAUGAGCCUGUAUGAACAGGAGGGUUGCAUUAAUCCCGUCACUAUCCUCCCACUAAAGUCCAGAUUGUUCGCUAAGAAUGCUUUAGCUAACGGCUGCCGAGAUGUCAACGCCGACCUGUUGUGUUCUAUGACACAGGUGAGCCUACCAGGUAAUACCCCGGCAACAGUCAGCAUGCAGAUGAUGACCUACAACUUGAUGGCACCUCAGACGCGUCAGCAAAUGGCAACGAUGAUGAACAGCAUGUCGCCUAAUAAUGGCAUGUUGCUAUUGCCGAGGGGAGAAGCAGGCGUCAGUCCAGAAAUGACAGACCAUCUAGCAAUGACUAGACGGAAUAUAUUCCCCCUGAGAUGUCAAGAAAUAACCAUGCCUUUAACAAUGUUUAAACUUGGAACAUGUUGUCCAGGACCUGUUGUAAUACCCGAAGCAGUUAUCAUGAGUUCAAUGUUGACAACGGGUGGUGCUUAAUCAUUUGCAGAUUAGUAAUUUAUGUGCCAACAUUUUGUAGUAUCAUAUUCAUAUGUAUAUUAUUGUUCGCAAGGAUCCUCUUGAAGUUCUACAGAGAAAUUGUUUAAAGUAUAAUGUAAAUAUGAAAAUAGAUAUUAUUUAUUUUUUUAUGGCAUUUUACUAUAAUCAUCAAAUUCGCGACAAAUACAUUAAUAUAGAUUUAAUUCCGAGAUUUACCUUGCUCUAAUUGUUUACCGACAGACGUUAUUCAGGUUUCUAGAAAUACCUUCAUUUAUAUUUAUUUUAAAUAUAUCUGUUAGUUGAUUAAUUACAUAUUCUAGACGUAAAUAAGUUAUGGUCGUAGUCGUUAAAGUAUUAUUUACUAUCAUUAUGACUACAAAUAUACAAUGCAAAAUAUUUCUGGUCGUACUCGGACUUCAAGGUAAACGGCAUUAUAUUUAUCGUGUAAAAAUUUAAAUAAAUUCAGCAAUUAUAAGAAGUCAGUAUUAUGAUUAUCAUAGUCUAGAAGACAUUCCAUGUCAAGUUGACCAUGUAAUCGGGGGACCCCCUCAGAAUAUUAUGAAUUUUUUUUUAGAUUAUGUAACUGAGCUUUUAAUUUUUGGGGCUGGCCUGAGGGGACUUUGUCUCACGGGGGCGCUUACUUGGUCUAUGAAAUGCCAUUUCCUGUACUUUGCAGAAUUCUGAUGGUCAGAAAAUACUUACAACAUGAGUAAAAUACGUUUUAAUUUCUACUGGGAUUGAAUAUGCAACAAGUAAAAUUUCUUAUGUUCAAUAAUCGCCUAAACAUUUCAUAAUUUAAAGCUUUUUUUUUACGUAUAUCUGAAACAAACUAUGCUUCUACUAAUAUUUUUCGUAUGACAAUCAAGAAUAUAUUUUGAAUUAUCAAAAUCUUCGUAACGAGCUCACUCAAUUUCUUAGACCAGCAUACUCAUAACAGGAAUUUUUUUCUUUCAAACAUGACAAGUUGACUAGGUUAUUUCAUACUUAUAUACCGUUGCAAUUUAGGAGCACGGAUUCACACAAACAAGUCGCACUCUAACCCGAUUCCGAACUUUUCGUUUUUCUCAUAAAUUAGUACAGGUACAUUAAAGUCAUAUUCCUUCCUUCAAAUGUUUAUAAUGUUCAUAUCAAAAUAUCAUAAUACGCCAAUAUCGCAAAUUCAACUUCAAAAUUGGCAAAAUGUAUAAUGUACAAUGGACCUGUGGCCUCUUUACAAAUAAAGAACUAUUC